CAAAACAAGCAGAAGAAAGCAGGAACACGGAACACACCAUGAAGACUUCAAUGCUGUGCGUAAUAAUGAUCCUCAUUAUACUGGAAGGAACUUCAGGCCGUAAGCACAGGCACCCACGAACAGGCGCCGGAGUGACCUGUGGCAUGAAUGAAAAUUACGGCUGCAGACCCUGCUUUGAGCCGUCUUGCAAUCAAAUUCUUUACGAUAACGAAGUCUGUGCCACGUCCUGUGUGAUGACCUGCAGCUGUAAGCUCGGCUUCGUACGCAAGCGGGACAAGUGCGUGGUCAAGGAGGCCUGCUGUGUGGGCAAUAUGUGUAAGACCAAGAAGGAGGUGGCCGUACGCGAAGCCCAGGCGGGUGGCAUCACGCCCGAUCCAAGACGCUGGGCUCAGCCAGAAAUCUUUCGGGUGGAUAUUGCACCUCAAGCUGUAUAAAUAGAAAUCGAUAUUUCCUUCCUGAUUUGA